AUGAGUCGGUACGUUGAACGUAUCUUUUCUCCUCGAGACGAUCACUUCAAGAAAUAUUGGUCGGACAAUCCGCUGAGCGGGAUGAGAAACUUGGGGAACACAUGUUAUAUGAACUCGGUCAUACAAUCCCUCUCCAACACCCAACAGCUAAGAAGUUACAGUUUUCAUCAUGCAAAGCCAACUCAAGGGAAAGCAGGUGACAAAACAAUUUACAGAGGGUCGUUGGUCAGGGCGUUUACUUCAAUCGUCAAUGCAUUGUGGUCUGGAGAAUACUCUUUUGUAACCCCACUUGCCAUCAAAGACAUUGUUUCGGAAAACCAUGCUCAGUUUGGAAAAAGUGACCAAAACGACGCACACGAAUUUCUUCUGAUUCUUUUGGAAAUGCUCGAUGACGAGUUGAAAAAGAAAGACACGGAAAUGUCAUUAUCAUUUUCACCAACGAUUGUUUCUCCAAUCGUUCUAAGGCUCACAAGAAACCUGAAACCACUCUCACUUGGAGAAACACCAACAGCCUCUUCAAGUUCUUCAGAGAGUGGAAAAGUCUCUGACAACGAAACCGAAAAAUCACAAACAGGGAAUGUCAUUUCAGACAAUUUUGAAGGAAAGUUGAAAAGAAAGACUGAGUGCAUGGGGUGCCAUUUUGUCAGUGAGCAGACCGAGAGCUUUUAUUGCCUCUCCAUCCCAUUAAAGCGGACAUCUAUUUCGUUCGGACUCACCUCGCUCCAAAAGUGCAUAGAACUCUUUUUCCAAGACGAGUUUGUCGACGGGUGGAAGUGUGAUCAUUGUGGUCAAAUGUGCCAAGCGAAAUUGUCAACGUCACUCCACACAACACCGAAUGUAUUAAUAAUUCAACUCAUUAAAGACUACCCAACAAAGGCUGACAAACUGAAGGUUGUCUUUCCGCAGGAAGACUUGACAAUUCAAAAAGAGAAUAACAACAACUUUGACUUCUACGACUUGUACUCCUAUAUUACGCACACAGGGAACCUUUCUCGGGGACACUACAUAUCGUACAACAAAGUGUUUGGGCAGUGGUUUUGUUGUGACGACGAGAAAGUUUCCAAAUCAGCUUUAUGUGGGAUAUCGGACUCAAUUUAUCUUCUUUUUUACGAGAAAAAGGGAUAG